AUGUCUCUAGAAUAAUUGUAAUGUAUAGAGGAUGAUAGAUAAUAUUAUCAAUCCAUAAGUAAAUCAACUUAACAGCAAUCUUGUGGAUCAAUAGCAACAUUAUAAUCAGAAUAGUCAAUUGAAUCAUUAGAAAAAAUGGUUUCAUAAGAGAUUGUUAAGGAUUCAAGUUUGAAGCUUGAAUUAGAUCAAUUUAUAGGUUUAUUAUAGAAGGUUAAACCUUCAAAUUUGAAAAAUGAAUUAUCAGUUGUAGUGAGUACGGAAUAGGAGGAAUAUUAUAGUUUUCAAUAAAAAUAGCCAAUGGAUAAAAAGGAAAUAAUGUUUGAAGGUUUUCAGAAAUGUUACAAUGAGGCAAUAAAAAUAAUUAGCAAUUUAAUUAGAGAUUAAAAAGAAUAAAACUAUAUUAUUUCUUAUUUGGAGAAAAUGCAAAUGAUUUAUGUAUACAUAAAAUUGCAAUAAUUAGAUUAUGCAUAUAUAGAGUUAUUAAGGUAUGGAGAAAUCCAUGAAUCUCUUAAAUAGUUUAAAGUAAACUCUAAUUGAUGCUGAUUAGGAAAUAACUUUAUUGCAUAAUUAAACAGCAGAGCAAUAAUAGAUUUUAUUGAAGAUGUAAUUAUAAUAAAAACAAAACAUGAGUGAACUUAAUUAAGAAAGAUUAAAUUCAUUAGAUUUAUAAUAAAAAAAUUAGCAAUUAAAACAUUUGAUUUUGGUAGCUAAUAAACAAUUUGAAUCAUUAUAAGAAAAGUUAUUGUAGACAGAAUAAGAAUUAAAUGAAAUAGUUUCGACUUAGAGUUAGUAGAUUAAAUAAUUAGUUUAAACAAAUAAGAAUUUAAGAGAAGCAAUAGUAUUUAAUGAAAGGAGAGAAGAGAUUCCUCAGAAAAUGAGUUCUACUCCAUUGAAUUCAUAAAGGAAUACAAUCAAUAGUAAUUAAGAGAAUCAGUAUAAUCAAUUGAAUAAUUAAUUGACAAUCAAUUCAUAAAGAUAUAAUAAUUAAGAUAAAAGUAUCUCUAAUACAUCUCCAUAAUAAUCUUAGAGAUGUACAUCAAAUAAAAGAGAAUGGAAUAAAUGCACAAAGAUAUUUAAAUGA